AUGUCGUCUCAGCGCCCGGGCACACAUGUGCCUGCUGUGCGCGUUGAAGCCGAGAGGGCUCUCGGCAUCUCACAGCGUUCGGCUGCCAUCAACUUCUCCUGGACCGGAGAUAUUCGCAAGCGAUAUACCGACUUUCUUGUGAAUGAGAUCCGGAAGGAUGGCACUGUCCUUCAUCUUCGUGAUUAUGAGGAGCAGACGGAGGCUUCUGCCUCGUCGGUCGAUCGUAAUCCCUCUGCUGCAAACCUCCGGCCUGAGAAUAAGCCGAAGGUCCACUCCAUCACUCAAGAUGACCGCACAAUUCUCGUCGUUUUGAUCGGCGAGAACACCACCCAAAAGCUUAUUGAUCUGGACGAGAAAGUCCAAAACAAAGUCCAGCUGGGUCCUGAUGAGCGCACUGUUAUAUUUGAUCCUGUCACCGACCGAUCUAAGCGAGCUUCCAUUCACCAGGAAAUUCGCCGCAUCUUCAAGUCCCGCUUUGACACUGGCGCUGAUGCAAAUGGUGUCAUCAAGGCCACCCCUACCAAGUGGGCUACCAGCAACCGGGCCACUAGUCAGAACUGGGGCCGGCCCCGUGACAACAGCCGCCGUGAUCAGAAUCGUCAGCUCAAUGAGCUCGGCGGUCCUUACCUGCAUUUCACUCUCUACAAGGAGAACAAAGACACUAUGGACGCCGUCAAUACCAUCGCACGUCUUCUCAAGAUCAAGGCCUCCAACUUUGGCUUCGCCGGCACCAAGGAUCGCCGUGCCAGCACUGUGCAGCGCAUCAGCGUUUUUGGCCAGCAGGCCAAAAAUCUGAUCUGGAUCAACUCCCGUAUUACCAGUGUCAAGGUUGGGCAGUUUGAGCACCGCAAGGAGCCACUUGAGCUUGGCCAGCACGGCGGCAACGAAUUUGUCAUCACGCUGAAGAACUGCCAGCCCCUGGGUGGCAACAACUGCUCUCUGGCCCACCGCAUGAAGAUGAUCCAGCAGUCAGUCGAGUGCGGACUGGCUUACCUCAAGCAUAACGGCUACAUUAACUACUUCGGUCUCCAGCGCUUCGGGACUUACGCCAUUGGCACGCAUCUGCUCGGCAUGAAGAUCCUCAAGGGUGAUUAUGAGGGUUUCAUUGACGAUGUUCUGUAUAUCGACGAUGAGACCCUCAAGGAUGUCCUGAGCAACACCCAGCCCCAGUAUCAGCCCGGGAAGGACUUGCAGCAGAGCCGGGACGACCAGGAUCGCGCCCGUGCCAUCACCACUUGGAAGACGACCAAGAAUGCGGCAAAGGCUCUUCAGAUCAUGCCCAAGCGCUUCAGCUCCGAGACUGCCAUUAUUCGCCAUCUGGGUAAGAACCCGAAGGACUUCAAGGGAGCCUGUCUGAGCAUCACCCGUGGCUUGCGCUCAAUGUACACCCACGCCUAUCAAUCAUACGUCUGGAACUUUGUCGCCACUCGUCGCUGGUCCAAGUACGGAGCCAAAGUCGUGGAGGGCGAUCUUGUCCUAGUCGAGGGCAGUCGCCGUCGUGACCGUACUCCGGAUGAAGAGUAUAAUCCCUACGACGACAAUGAUGAUGACAACAUCUACGCCCAGGCGCGAACCCUCACUGCUGAAGACGUUGCAAGCGGCAAGUACACCAUCCACGACAUCGUCUUGCCUACUCCCGGCUAUGAUGUCGUGUACCCCGGCAACGACAUCGGUCAGUACUAUAUCGAGUUCAUGGGCAAGCCGGAGAACGGCGCACUGGACCCUUACAACAUGCGUCGGCUGCAGCGGGAGUUCAGCUUGUCCGGCAACUAUCGCCCGCUCAUUGGGCGCUUGAUCGGCGACCCCCAGUACGCUGUUCGGGCGUAUUGCGACGAUACUGAGCAAAUGUACCCCACUGAUCUCGACUACGCCACUCACAAGAAGAAGGCGGAGAAGCUGGAGAACGUCAAGGCUCAUUUCGAGCGCAACCACGCUGCCGAGAUUGCUGCUCACCCUGGAGCCAAGCCUUCUGCUCGCCCCGACGUAAGUCCCGGCCCCGACGCUUCUGUCAAUCGGUGGGCUCAUUUCUCCAAGAACCCCCAGCUGUACGACGACGCCAUGUCUGCUGCUUCACGCCGACGCAAGGCCGAGCACGAGCCCUCUUCAGACGGUGUUAUCGUCACCAACGAGACCUGGGCCCAGACUGGGGUCGAUGGCAGUGGCAAGCGUGUUAGGCUCACGAACCACCACCAGCAGGUCGAGACCCAGGCAAGCAGUGACCCAAUUCCCAGUGCUUCUCCUGCCGUUCCCGCAGUGAAAGUCGACGAGCCUGAGGAAGAUGGGGGUUACCCGCGGUUUCCUGUCGGCAAUGGCGCACCACUUCACGGCCAUACGCCGGAGAAUUCUCCUCGCAAGGAUAGCGCUCGUAGUCCUCAGGACAGUUCUCGCAUUAUCGGCGGUGGCCCAGUGUCCAUGAUGCCCUUUCCCGGGGGUACCGUCGUACCCAUUCCUGGUCUGCGUGGCAUCUCAGAUCAAUACUAUGCCGCCACCGGCAUGGUUCCUUACUUCGGCGCGCUCCCGGCUGGUUUCAACACGGCAGCGCCCGUGAAUGGCUUCUUAGGCUUGUCCAACCUUCCGACGCUCCCCACGAACACAGCUGGGGUCCCUGUCAACGACAUCGCUUCCAAGGCGGAGCCGGAGACCACCGACCCCAUGAACUGGUACGGCCCGAACAUGCCUAAGGUCUCCGCUGCCUCGACGAGCGCCACGGAUGCCCAGGCCAAUCAUUCCAGCACGGCCCUUGUCAAGGUUGAAGAGCCCUCGAAUGCCUCCAGCGACACGAUUGAUUUCAUCAAUGGCAUCCCUUUGCCUAAACUUCGCACGGCAUCGGACAAUCCGCUGUCUUCGCCGGGCAAUGGCAUUGACGAAGCCAACAUCAAUCCCUUGGCCUGCAAGAUUGCUGUAAUCCUGAAAUUUCAGCUCAAGCCCAGCAACUACGCGACCAUCGUGCUUCGUGAGCUCAUGGGCACGACGGCGGAGGAACUGGCUCUCUAA